GGGCGGGCGGCACCGGGACUGCUCCGCGCUCUGGGCUGGGCGAGCGCUUCAGCCCCGCCCGGAGCCGGAAGGAUUCGGGGCGUUCCGAGGUGGUUUCGUAGAGGAGAGGGAGCCGGCGCGGAGGCCCCAGCGCGCUGUGGGCGGUGGUGCUGGGUCGCUGCUUGGCGAGGGGACGGGCAGAAGGUCUCGGGGCCGGCGGAGAUCCAGGGAGCGGCGAGGCUGGGCGCGGUGAGUUGGCUGCUGCGCCGGCAGAGCUGCUCCUGCCAUCCCCGAGCACGUUGCGCUGGGCGCAUUCCCGGCACUGCUCCCAGCUCCGGCUGUGCUGCCCUGCACCGGGAAUAUCCACGGCAGGACAAUCGGGAACAGGCUGCCCUUCUUUUUUCUGUUUGGUGAAAGGAGGUAGCUCAGCCCUUUCCCACUUGGAAGUCUGCAGGUGAGCCGCGGUGGGAUUCUCACCCCGAGACCUAGCUGCUGGCAUUCAGCAUGGCUUCUCCAGCUCUCCUCAUGCGUGUGGUGGCCUCGGCAUAUUCUGUUGCAGAAAAAGCUGCAACAAUUGUUAGAAAUGUGAUGUCUGCAGGGGAUCUGGGCAUAGUGGAGAAGGCUGGACCCAAUGACUUGCAGACCAAAGCUGACCGACUGGUACAAAUGAGCAUUUGUGCUUCCCUGGCACGGAAGUUUCCCAAGGUGACAAUCAUAGGAGAAGAAGAACUGCCCACUGAUGAUGUAACUGAGGAUUUAAUUGAAGAUGGUCACUGUGAAGAAAUACUGAAGAAACCUUGUCCUGCUCAGUACACAGGAAUUAAAGAGGAAGAGCUUGUCAUAUGGGUUGAUCCCUUGGAUGGAACCAAGGAGUACACCGAAGGUCUCCUUGACCACGUAACGGUUCUUAUUGGAAUUGCUUAUGGAGGCAAAGCAAUAGCAGGAGUUAUUAACCAGCCAUAUUACAACUAUGAGGCAGGAGCUAAUGCUGUGCUGGGCAGGACAAUCUGGGGAGUGCUGGGCAUGGGUGCCUUUGGCUUUCAGCUGACAGAAGUACCUGCUGGCAAACACAUCGUCAUUACCACCCGCUCCCACAGCAAUGCCCUGGUGAAUGAGUGCAUCUCUGCCUUGAACCCAGACCAUGUCAUCAGAGUUGGAGGAGCAGGAAACAAGGUCAUUCAACUCAUUGAAGGCAAAGCAUCUGCUUAUGUAUUUGCCAGUCCUGGGUGCAAGAAGUGGGAUACAUGUGCACCUGAAGCUAUCCUACAUGCUGUGGGAGGCAAGAUAACUGAUAUCCGUGGAAAUUCAUUUCAGUAUAACAAGGAGGUGAAACACAUGAAUUCAGCUGGGGUCCUUGCCACUUUGAGAAAUUAUGACUACUAUGCCAGUCGUAUUCCAAACACUGUGAAAGAAUCUCUUGUGCCUUAAAGCAGGGAGGAGUCUUCACUUGGCCUGGAAAGCUGAGCUUGGAAAGAAAGAAAGGAAGAAGAUGACUGAUCUUGAAAUUCUGUUUCGUAGAAUCUGAACUGAAUUCUUUCAGUAAGGUGUGCAAUAAUUCCAGAAUUAUACAGAAUCUCUAAGCAUUUGUUGGAUCAGAUUGUUUGGCUGUGUUGAGCAGACAACAUCAAAGCAGUCAUGUUUCUUCAGUAAUUGUUUUCUAUAUUUGGGAGUUUUCCUUCCUCAUGACUAUGUAAUAUACUGCUAAUCAUAACAUUGCAGACCAAAAAUCAUCUUCAUAUUCUGGUCACAAAAUCAUGUUAAGUCAUGUACCUGAUUUUGCUCAAUGGUUUUUGUUGUCAUUAAGGGUUAUUGUGUUAAUUACAAAUGGACUAAGGAUUUGCCUGGAUGGAUGAGCCCAUUUAUUAUAAAGUUGCCAGUUUUGAUUCUUA